AUGGCAGCCGCCACGAAGCUCAACCCGUUCGCGGCCCCGUUCCCUUGCCCCUACCCCUACGCACACCACCUCGCACCGCCGGCGCCGCCCCCGUUCCCGCUCGCGGACGCCUGCCCGCCGCGGUUCCCAUUCGUCACCUACUGCUGCGUCGGCGUCGCCUCCCCGCAGGGCCGCCUCGGCUUCUGCUUCCCCGUCCCUGUGCAGCAGUCCUCCGGCUCCCCGCCGGUCCUCCGCAAGGGCGUCCUCGCGGCGCCGCCGCACGGCCUCCCGCCGCACAAGCUCAUGGCGGCGUUCUCCGGCCCCUGCGGCGCGGGGAAGCAGCGCCAGGCCCCGGCGCCCGUGCCCAUGAAGCCGGUAGCCGCCGCCGCCGCCGCGCCGCCUGCCCAGGUGCCGGCGGCGCCGCGCAAGCCGCGGAUGGCGCGGCUGAAGGCGGAGAGCAGGAGCCAGGCCAAGGCGCCGCGCCCACGGAAGGCGGCGGGUCCGCGCGCGCGCCUGCCCCCGCAGCGUGAGGCGCCGCCGCCGUCCCUCUACACGAAGCGGCCGCGGGAUUGGGAGAAGCCGAAGCCUUCAGAGCUCGGCGACUGCACCACCAUUAUGCUCCGGAAUAUCCCCAACAAGCUCAGGAGCGGAGAUAUGAUCAGUUUGCUCGACGAGCAGUGCUCGCGCGCCAACAGGGCCGCCGGCUCCGUCGUCGCAGCCUACGACGUCUUGUACUUGCCGAUGGACUUCAGGAAAGAGGCCAACUUCGGCUACGCUUUCAUCAACUUCACCACCACAUCGGCGGCCAAGGAGCUCUACUGCUCCCUGCAGAACUGCCUCUGGAAAGUGCACGGCUCCAAGAAGGUGAUCAGGAUCGACCAGGCCACGCAACAGGGAAAGGCGAUGCUGGUGAGGCACUUGGAGAAGAUGAGGCUGGAGUGCGCCAAGGACGAGUUCCUGCCGGUGGAGUUCUCCCCGCCGCGCGACGGCGUGAACGUCCCUGCCGCGCCCAGGCGCAUCCGCAUGGCUCGCCGGGGCGCGCGCACCGCAUCCAAGGCCAAGGCUGGCUGCAUAGCCAGCUAG